AAAUCCACCGGUGCUGCUCUGCUCGGUCAUUGUUCUGCACUGCACUGCCAUCGUUACACGGCACAGCCUCUGUUGCAUCUGCUUUGCUGAAUUUCUGAAGAUUUGUGAAAGAAAUUAAAAUGCGUGAAUGUAUCUCUAUCCAUGUUGGCCAAGCCGGUGUCCAGAUGGGCAAUGCCUGCUGGGAGCUGUACUGCCUGGAACAUGGCAUCCAGCCUGACGGGCAGAUGCCCAGUGAUAAGACCAUCGGAGGGGGCGAUGACUCCUUCAACACGUUCUUCAGUGAGACGGGAGCUGGGAAGCAUGUCCCACGAGCUGUCUUUGUCGAUUUGGAACCAACUGUGAUCGAUGAGAUCCGCAGUGGUACCUACCGCCAGCUGUUCCACCCUGAGCAGCUGAUCACUGGCAAAGAAGAUGCUGCAAACAACUAUGCUCGUGGACACUACACCAUUGGUAAAGAGCUGAUUGACCUGGUUCUGGACAAACUACGCAAACUGGCGGACCAGUGCACUGGACUCCAGGGUUUCCUCAUCUUCCACAGCUUCGGGGGAGGCACUGGCUCCGGCUUCACUUCCCUGCUGAUGGAGCGUCUCUCUGUUGACUAUGGCAAGAAAUCCAAGCUUGAAUUUGCCAUCUACCCUGCUCCUCAGAUCUCCACAGCGGUGGUGGAACCCUACAACUCCAUCCUCACCACACACACCACCCUCGAGCACUCAGACUGUGCCUUCAUGGUAGAUAAUGAAGCCAUCUACGAUAUCUGUCGUAGAAACCUCGACAUUGAACGUCCAACUUACACUAACCUAAACCGCCUGAUUGGUCAGAUUGUCUCUUCUAUUACAGUUUCUCUUCGCUUUGACGGUGCUCUGAAUGUAGAUCUGACCGAGUUCCAGACCAAUUUAGUGCCAUACCCACGUAUCCACUUCCCUCUCGCCACUUAUGCCCCUGUUACCUCGGCUGAGAAAGCUUACCAUGAGCAGCUGUCUGUAGCUGAGAUCACCAAUUCCUGCUUUGAGCCAGCCAACCAGAUGGUCAAGUGUGACCCUCGUCAUGGCAAGUACAUGGCAUGUUGCCUGCUCUACCGAGGUGACGUGGUGCCAAAAGACGUCAAUGCCGCUAUUGCCACCAUCAAAACCAAGCGCACCAUUCAGUUUGUGGACUGGUGCCCAACUGGGUUCAAGGUUGGCAUCAACUACCAGCCUCCCACUGUGGUGCCCGGUGGUGACCUGGCCAAGGUGCAGCGUGCAGUGUGUAUGCUGAGCAACACCACAGCCAUAGCUGAAGCCUGGGCUCGGCUUGACCACAAGUUUGAUCUAAUGUAUGCCAAGCGUGCCUUUGUGCACUGGUACGUGGGGGAGGGGAUGGAGGAGGGGGAGUUCUCCGAGGCUCGUGAGGACAUGGCGGCCUUGGAAAAGGACUAUGAGGAGGUCGGAGCAGACAGCGUUGAGGGCGAGUGUGAAGAGGAAGAAUAUUAAAUAAAAAGCAUUCCUGAGAUUGGUUGGGAUCAAUAUGAUGGCGAGAUUGUACUUGUUCUUUAAGGCAAGGUACUUUGAUCGCCAACAAUCUUCUCCCCAUUGAUCUUAAGCUGGAAGUAGUGCUGUUCUUGCUAAAACUGUGCUGCCUUGUGAUUUUGUAGGAUUUGUAACUGGUGGGAUGAAUUGAAAUGUGUGAAGGAAACCACGGCAAUGGUUGUACAGUAGUACCAAAAAUGGCACAGUUUCUGGUUUAACAUCAGUCAGGAGGAUUAAUUGACCAUUCCUAAUUGUCACAGAAUUGUGCAUUAUUGGUUAGGAAUGCACGUUUAUGUUUGGAACAAAAAUGCUUUAAUAAACUUUCUGUGGCU